AUGGAUUUCCCCCAGCACAGCAAACAAGUCCUGGAACAGCUGAACCAGCAGCGGCAACUGGGUUUGCUGUGUGACUGCACAUUCGUGGUGGAUGGCAUCAACUUCAAGGCCCACAAAGCUGUGCUGGCGGCCUGCAGCGAGUAUUUCAGGAUGCUCUUCGUUGACCAGAAGGACGUGGUGCACCUCGACAUCAGCAAUGCGGCAGGCCUGGGCCAGGUUUUGGAGUUCAUGUACACGGCUAAGCUAAGCCUAAACCCCGACAACGUGGACGACGUGCUGGCCGUGGCGGGUUUCCUCCAGAUGCAGGAGAUCGUCAGUGCUUGCAACGCUCUCAAGUCUCUCGCCGUGCCAGCAGAAAGCCCUGCCGAGAGCCAGCAGCCCCCCGCCGAGAUCGGGGCCAACAAGGCGACCGUCGAGGACAAGACAUCGGUGGCAGAAGCACUGGGUGAUCUUGACAAAAUAAAACCAGUUCCUCCCGACCCGGAGGGGAAGGAAGAGACGCCCGCAGCCACAGCAGCACGACCUGAGGUGCAGGCGGAGCGGCUGGGUGGCCAAGAAGGGGCAGAUGCUGCCAUCCAGGAGGGCCUCAACACCGAAUUUCCUGGCCACCUGCAGCCGGCGGAGAGCGUGGUCGGCAGCGGCAGCCCCGCAGCGAAGGGCAGUGUUUCUCAGGGCGCCGAAACAGGAGAGAUGGAGCUGGAAGGGAAGGAGGAAGAGGGGGAGAUGAUGGCAGAGGAGGAAGAGGAGGCUAAAAUCUCCAAGGAAGAGCAACCCCGGUUAGAAAACGGAGAAAACGCUGAAGAUAACGAAUCAGGGAGCACCGACUCCGGGCAGGAAAACUCAGGCGAAACCCGUCUGCUCCGCUCGGGUACUUACAGCGACAGAACCGAGUCGAAAGCCUACGGCUCUGUCACGCACAAGUGCGAGGACUGCGGGAAGGAGUUCACCCACACCGGUAACUUCAAGCGGCACAUCCGUAUCCACACCGGCGAGAAACCCUUCUCCUGCAGGGAGUGUAACAAAGCCUUCUCCGACCCGGCUGCCUGCAAAGCACAUGAGAAGACACAUAGGGGCAACCACAAACGGCACCAGCUGGUCCACAGUGGGGAGAAACCCUACCAGUGCGACUACUGCGGGCGCUCCUUCUCUGAUCCCACCUCUAAAAUGCGGCACCUGGAGACCCACGACACCGACAAGGAGCACAAGUGUCCCCACUGUGACAAGAAAUUCAACCAGGGGGGGAACUUGAAGGCUCACUUGAAGAUUCACAUCGCGGACGGGCCCCUGAAGUGUCGGGAGUGCGGCAAACAGUUCACCACUUCAGGGAACCUGAAACGGCACCUCCGGAUCCACAGCGGGGAGAAACCCUACGUCUGCGUCCACUGCCAGCGCCAAUUCGCCGACCCCGGGGCUCUGCAGCGACACGUCCGCAUCCACACCGGAGAGAAGCCGUGCCAGUGCUUGAUCUGCGGUAAAGCCUUCACCCAAGCGAGCUCACUCAUCGCCCACGUGCGCCAGCACACGGGGGAGAAGCCCUACGUCUGCGAGCGCUGCGGCAAGAGGUUCGUGCAAUCGAGCCAACUGGCCAACCACAUCCGUCACCACGAUAAUAUCCGACCCCACAAAUGCACCGUCUGCAACAAAGCCUUCGUCAACGUGGGCGAUCUCUCCAAACACAUCAUUAUCCACACCGGGGAGAAGCCGUUCCUGUGCGAUAAAUGCGGCCGGGGCUUCAACCGAGUGGACAACCUGCGUUCCCACGUGAAGACGGUGCAGCAGGGCAAGGCGGGUAUCAAAAGCCUCGAGCCGGAGGACGGCGAUGAGGUCAACAUCGUCACGGUGGCUUCCGAUGACAUGGUGACACUGGCCACCGAGGCGCUGGCUGCCACCGCUGUCACGCAGCUCACGG